AUGGCUUCAAAAUCAGAAGAGGACUACUCCUGUCCUGUGUGCUUUGACAUCUACAAGGAUCCUGUCCUCAUGUUGUGUAGUCACAGCAUCUGUAAAGUCUGUCUGCAGCAGUUCUGGGAAACCAAAGGAUCCAGAGAAUGUCCAGUCUGCCGUAUAGCAAGCUCAGUGGACCCUCCGCCUAACCUGGCUCUGAGGAACCUAUGUGAGGCGUUCAUACAGGAGAGAAACCAGAGAGCUUCAGCGGGGUCUGAGGUACUCUGUAGUCUGCAUAGUGAGAAAUUCAAGCUCUUCUGUUUGGAGGAUCAACAGCCUGUGUGUGUGGUGUGUCGAGACUCCAAAAAACACACUGGGCAUAAGUUCCACCCUAUAGAUGAAGCAGCACUUGACAGCAAGGAGGAACUGAAGAGUAAACUGUCACCCUUACAGAACAAACUGAAGGCCUUUGAAAAGGCAAAGUUCAACUGUGAUGAAACAGCAGAGCACAUUAAGACUCAGGCCCAGCACACAGAGAAACAGAUCAAACAGGACUUUGAGAAGCUUCACCAGUUUCUACGAGAUGAGGAGGCAGCCAGGAUAGCUGCUCUGAGGGAGGAAGAGUGGCGGAAGAGUCAGAUGAUGAAAGAGAAGAUUGAGAAGAUGAGCAGAGAAAUCUCAUCCCUUUCAGACACCAUCAGAAGCAUAACAGAGAAGAUGGGAGCUGAUGAUGUCACAUUCCUGCAGAGCUACAAGAGCAUAGUGGAAAGAGCCCAGUGCACACUGCAGGAUCCAGAGAGGGUUUCAGGAGCUCUGAUUGAUGUGGCAAAACACCUGGGCAACCUGAAGUUCAGAGUCUGGGAGAAGAUGCAGAAGAUUGCUCAGUACACUCCUGUGACUCUGGAUCCCAACACUUCAAGCACAGAACUCAUCCUGUCUGAGGAUCUAACCAGUGUGAGAUGCGGUGAUAAAAGACAGCAGCUUCCUGAUAAUCCAGAGAGGUUUAAAGCAUUUCCCUGUGCUCUGGGCUCUGUGUACUUUGAGUCAGGGACUCACUGCUGGGACGUUGAGGUUGGAGACAGUACAGGCUGGGAGGUGGGUGUAAUAACAAAGUCUUCCCAGAGAGAAGGAACAUGUUUGUCAGACAGUAUGUUUACAAAAGGAUGCUACUUUGUGUAUCAUGGCGAAAGUCAGAAAAGGUCACAUCUGAAUCAGUCAAUCAAUUGCCACAGAGUGAAUCCACAGCCAAAGAUAGUAAGAGUACACUUGGUUCGAAGAGAAGUUUCAUUCUGUGAUCCUUUGAAUUCUAAACAUCUCUGCACUUUCACUAUCAGAGAUCCCACUAUCGAUUGGUUUUCACACAUUUUGGGUGCUUUUGAAAUGUUUCCAUACUUUAAAACGACCUCCUCUCUGAGGAUCUUACCCAUGGAGGCCUCAGUAUUAGAGCAGCUCAGUCCAGACAAGUGCUGCAGGGUACCUCGAACAGGAAAGAAACGCUGA